AAAAAAAUUAACUAAAAGGAGGAAGGAAGCAUUCCAGUGUUGACACAUGACUGCUGAUAGUAAAUAAGCAUGUUUUGUUGUUUUUGUUGUACUGUCUGGAAGAUAAUACUAAUAAUAUAAUAAUUUUCUUAUUUUCCCCCCCCCCCCACAAACUCAAAAACAUACCUGCCCAUUAGUUUGUUUUUGUGUAUACAUUCCAACUUUUGCUUGCAGAUGCUUAAGCUGCCACUCUUAAAAUUACUUGCGAAAAAUAUUUUCCACAAAAAAGCUCUGAAUAAAGACGGUGUAAAAAAACCAAAUAUGCGCUUUUGGCUCUACUCAUUGUUACCCAUACCCAUUCAAAAUAUUAAAACACUCCUUCACUUUGAUUUUGUUUCAAAAUAACUCACAAAAAAAACUAAGCUGGCAACUGCUACAAGGAACUGUGCCUGAUAUGAGGAAGUGUGAGAGGUGUUCCAGUCUGUGACUUAAAAUACAAAUCUUGUCCCUGGCUUGUCUUUUCAAGCAUUUCUCACUUUCGAAACACUGCAUUUUCUGAGAUGUCUCGGCUCUUGUUCAUAAAUCUUUGUCUAAGCAGGGGUAUGGUCUGUGCACAGCAAAACGCAUGUUUAUAGCAUAGCCUUUUUCAGGAAUAAUUUAAGCAGUUUAAAACAUUUGUUAAAAAGUAAUCUAGUAAGAUAAGUAGGUAAAAUAAUUUCUUUACUCAUUACUUUUUUAACAGGAUAACUAACCUAUUUAAUUUUUUUCAUAAUUGCAUGACAUUACAUUAUACUAAGAUAGUGUUUCACAGUAAACACAGACCUUAUCGGUGCUUAUUUACAUUAGUGAGAUCAACAAUAUAUAUUUCUCUGCAUCACAAUCUAAGUACAAUCAUGUCUAAAGCUUUAUCUGGUGCCAGGCAUUAGGACCUUCAUACACAGUGUUUAUAGGAGAACGUAUAAGCAUUAUAUAAUUGGCUUGCUAUGAUGUGUGAAUGUCUCUCCUAAUGUAUUUAUGACAGCUAAUCGGGCUUAGUGGAGCUGGGUCAGCGCAUAGUUUUGUGAGUAUGUAAGCAGCACAGAGGAGCACAUGUGUGUUCUGCUUUUAGCACCGCUUUUCUUUCUUUUUCCUGCACUCUUAAACUCAGGGAAUACAUUAAAUGGGAUUUAAUGCUUCAUUGUAUAACAUAAUCAAACAGGUAAGUUUUAAAUUUGAUUGAUUGCAUAGAAUAUUAUAUAUUCAUUGUACUGUAGAUGUGUCACUUUUCUGAUAUCCUUUUCUGUUAUAUGACUUUUCUAAAUUUUAGACAAUAAAUGUGUGUAAGUAACAGCACCCAACUACAAAAGUAUGUCAUUUUAACAAGCUGUUUCUUGUGGAUGAAAUCCUAGAACCACAACAGGUGUUCAUACCCAAUUUAAGUGUCAUUUGAAAAUACAUGCAGUCUGUCAAGAAGGUGACAUGAGGUUGCCAGUAAGCCCGGUGAGGUCAUAGUCAGGCUGAUCUUGGAGGGGUUUCCUCUUGUGCAGGAUGAUGCCGACCUUGAUACCAGUUCCACAGCCGUCUUACUCCCAGGCCAGGGAGAACCUGGUGAAGGCUAUCCCACCCAAGCUCCUCUGCCUGCUGGCCUGUGGAGGAAAAGACUGUCGCUAUGAAGGACCAGAGUGUUGGAAAUUAAAUCAACAGGUCAUCCGAGGUCUUUUCUCCUCCUGGGUAACUGAUGACAUUAUUGCCAUGGCACGACCAUCCAGUCAUCUAAUUGAGAAGUACAACAUCAUAGAACAAUUUCGGAGGUUGAACAUCCGAUCGAUCAUCAACAUGCAGAUUCCUGGAGAGCACGCUUACUGUGGACCUCCUUUACUCCCUGAGAGUGGUUUCACAUACUCUCCACAGAUCUUCAUGGACAAUGACAUUUACUUUUACAACUUUGGGAUGCCAGAUUUCGGUGUGUCCUCUCUCGUCGGUACAAUCGAUGCGGUGAAGGUUUUGGCCUUUGCAGUGAGGGAAGGACGAGUGGCGGUGCACUGCCAUGCAGGCCUGGGCAGGACAGGUGUCCUGAUAGCCUGUUACUUGAUUUACACCCUGCGCAUCAGUCCGAGUGAGGCUGUCCAUUUUGUACGAAUUAAACGGCCACGCUCUAUUCAAACCCGGGCACAAAUCAGCCAGGUGUUUGACUUUGCUCGCCUGAUUGGCACACAGCUGGUCCAAUACCCAGACCUCAGCCUGCGGCACGGAGCCCCCUUUACCCUGCAGCAUUAUCUAAACCGACAGGCAAUAUUGCUGCAUGGCCAGGAGGCACGCACCCUCAGACAAACACCCAAGGUGGUUUAUCUCCUGUGUGUGCAUCUCUCCUGCUUAGCUCUUGGUCUCCCGGCUCCUCCAGAGAUACAGGCUGAGCUGGAGAAGAGGUCAGCACUGAGGACCCUGAACAGGACAGUGAGGGAAACCCUGGUGUCCAAACAGUAUUUGCCUUUACUGAGGGAGGGUCAUAAAGGGUCAUGGGUGGGUUCAGGGUCGGUGUCCUCCUGGGACGAGCCACUGGGGUUCUUGGAGAGGAAGAGAGAGGUGCUGCUGGACAAACGCAGCUACAGCGACUCUGACCUCAGCAAGAUUGCAGUAAAUGGGGAUCUGGAGUGGAGUCCAUAUUGCGCCCCAGUACUUGGAAAUGAGAGACAGUGGUGUGUGCAUGAUCUGAUACGACCUGAUCUGAGACCAAGCAGUCCAAUCCUUGCCCCGCUGUCACCAGGCCACUGGACCACCAAAAAGAAAUCUACACUCAACAUCCCAUUAUCUAACAUGGCGACAAGCAACAACUGUGUGAAGAGGUCUAAGUGCACAGCUAAAAAGAUGCUUACCAAAUACAGCUCCAACAUGGAGCUGUGCAGAAAUCCACAUAAUCCAGGCCCAACUGCAGUCGCCCGAGCUAUUGCUAAGGCAAUGGCAUUCCAUGGUCCUCCAGGAGAAAUCAUCCUGCAAAGAUCAGCUCUGCUGCAAGAGGAGCUGAACAGCAGCGACUGUGGCUGGGCUCUGCUGGUCACAGAGUCGGAUCCUCAGGUUCUCAGUUGGCUAUUGUGGACCUGGCUGGACAAGUUAAGGGAGCCUGUUCUGAGUGCAGAAGAUGUGGACAGGUUGAGUUCUGGAGCGAACAACAGGAAGCCUCUCAGUUUGCUCAAGAAGCCACAGAGACACACCAUCUAUUGUCUACUGAGCUGUGUGAGUACAGUGACCAGCCUGUGUCCACACAGAGAAGAUUCAGUGCUGCAGCGACUGAUGCAGGCCCUUACAAGGCGCCCGCAGGAGGAAAUGGAAAGCCUUGCAACUUUGAUGAAGGUCCUGAAGGCGAGUUUAAGAGAAACCUUCCACAACUACAGAUACCUCACAAGGGCCUGCAGCACCAAUGCUACACUUUAAGGCACGGGUGAUUACUGAACAGGCCUACAGGGCACAGACCCAGGGGCCCAAAGUGUCAGGAGACCCCUACCUUCACCUGCAAAAUGUCACUCACAUUUGGUGCAAAGGAACUGUGAAGAGACUAAAAUUACCCCAAGGAGACACAAACUAACCACUCACAAAAGUACCUCAGAUACACAAAACCAUCAAAAAAUGCAUAACAAUAAUGUUGUGCUCAACCAUUUGGAAGUGCACAUUUUGAGUCACCAUAUCUUAAUGGAAAAUUUGUUAAACUGAACUCAACCUGAUUAAGCUGUCACCACCAUUUGGUUUAGGUAUGUUAUGCUAAAACAAUCCACUAGAUGUUGCUAUGUCUUUGAAUAGUAUGCCUUUUCUGUUCAUAUCCUACAGGAAGUUAGUAACAAAAAAAAGUUAAUCGAAACAUGAGUGCUCUCUGUGGUGGGAUUUUCAA